UAUCCCCACGAACAAAUUAACACCAAAGCCUAGGAGUAAACGCCAGCAACACCAUAUAAACCCACCACACACACAAGGGAAAAAGCAAAAGCAAUAAGAAACAGUGAGUGAGUGAGUAACAAUGGCGUUGGAAGUGCUGGAAGCACUUGACUCAGCACGCACGCAAUGGUACCACGUGACGGCGAUAGUGAUCGCAGGCAUGGGCUUCUUCACCGACGCCUACGACCUUUUCUGCAUCUCAGCAGUUUCCAAGCUAUUGGGUCGCUUGUACUACUUCGACCCCAGCACCGGAAAACCGGGGAAGCUCCCAACCAACGUGAACAACUUCGUCACCGGUGUGGCCCUCGUCGGAACCCUAACCGGGCAACUCGUGUUCGGGUGGCUCGGCGACAAGCUGGGGCGGAAGAAGGUGUACGGCAUAACGCUGAUCCUGAUGGUCCUCUGCGCCAUCUGCUCCGGCCUCUCCUUCGGCGCCACCGCGAAGUCCGUCAUGGGGACCCUCUGCUUCUUCCGCUUCUGGCUGGGCUUCGGCAUCGGCGGCGACUACCCGCUCUCCGCCACCAUCAUGUCGGAGUACGCCAAUAAAAGGACACGUGGCGCGUUCAUAGCCGCGGUGUUCGCCAUGCAGGGCGUGGGAAUCAUCUUCGCGGGGUUGGUCUCCAUGAUAUUCUCGGCGAUCUUCAAAUAUUACUACUCCGCUCCGACCUUCAACGAAAACCACGUUUUGUCGACGCGACCGGAGGGUGACCUGCUGUGGCGGUUGGUCCUCAUGGUUGGCGCCAUUCCCGCCAUGAUGACCUACUACUGGCGGAUGAAGAUGCCCGAAACGGGGCGUUUCACUGCCAUCAUCGAGGGAAACGCCAAGCAAGCCGCGGCGGACAUGGCUAGGGUUUUGGACAUUGAAAUCCAAGCGGAGCAGGAUAAGCUCGCGGACUUCAACGCAGCGAAUAACUACCCUCUCUUGUCCAACGAGUUCUUUCAGCGCCACGGUCGUCACUUGAUUGGCACCAUGAGCUCGUGGUUCCUUCUGGACAUCGCCUUCUACAGCCAGAACCUCACGCAGAAGGAUAUCUUCCCCGCCAUUGGUCUCAUCGCUCACGAGGUUGACAUGAGCGCCAUUGACGAGGUUUUCCAGACGUCACGUGCCAUGUUCGUGAUCGCCUUGCUGGGGACGUUCCCGGGAUACUGGUUCACCGUCUUCUUCAUCGAGAAGAUCGGGCGCUACAAGAUCCAGUUGGUGGGGUUCUUCAUGAUGUCGUUCUUCAUGUUCGUGAUUGGGGUGAAGUACGAAUACUUGAAGAACGAGAACAAGAACAUGUUCGCGCUCUUGUACGGGUUGACGUUCUUCUUCGCCAACUUCGGGCCCAACAGCACGACCUUCGUGCUGCCGGCGGAGCUGUUUCCGACGCGCGUGAGGAGCACGUGCCAUGCGCUGAGCGCCGCCGCGGGGAAGGCCGGGGCGCUGGUGGGGACGUUUGGGAUUCAGAGCUUGACGGUGGGAGGGGACUUGUACAAGAUUCGGAGGGCCAUGAUCAUUCUGGCGUUCACCAACUUGUUGGGCUUUUGUUGCUCUUUCUUGGUUACUGAGACUAAGGGAAGGUCUCUCGAGGAGAUUUCCGGGGAGGAUGGGAGAGAGAGUGAGCUCACGGCAACGCCCAAUGAUAGGGUUCAGGGAUCCAGGACCGAGACCAUGUGAACCCAUGCACCUAGCUACCCACGUUAAUUUAUUGUAAUAAAAAUGGGGCCAUAAAAUUAUGCUUUUUUCUGCCUCUCUUGCUGUAGGUGUGUAUGUUCUGGAAAUAAGAGUGUGGUUUUGUGUUUGCGAGAUCAAUGCAGACACUAGGCCAAGAUGUAUAUGUGUACACAGUCAAAGUAAAGUGAUGAUGUCCCCUAGAGAAAAUGUUUUUUUUUUUUUUCUUUUUGUGAUGAUGAAUUAUUAUUUCUGUACUUUAUUGGAAUUAAUGUUUGCAUUUGUUCCGCAACUUAGUAUUUAAUAAAUAAAAUGGAUAAUUUUAAAGGCAUUUCCUUUGGUGCAAGUUUAUUUUAGGGGAUACCAAAACUCUCUGUGACUAGGACCACAUAAAGGAUGACAU